CCUAGCAGCUUAGGCCUCUAAAUAAAUUAAAAAAGAUGAAGAAACACCUCUAACCUAUAAAUUAUAAUAAUUUUUCCAUUUUUUAAUUAAAAUUUCUAAUUAUUUAAUAAUUUCAUAAUGUCUGCAGCUAGAUUAAAAGCGGUUAUGAAAAAAGGAGUCGGCGACAAAAUUGUUCAUGGGAAAAUGAAAACUAACAUACCUGCAGGCCUAGCAGCAGCAGGGCCUCCUUUGGGACCGAUGUUGGGUCAAAGAAGCGUAAAUAUAGCCGCAUUUUGUAAAGAUUUCAAUGAGAAAACGAAAGAUAUUAAAGAAGGUAUCCCACUGCCAACCAGGGUAACUGUAAGUGCGGAUAAAAGUUAUGAGUUAGUUAUACACAAACCCCCUGUAGUAUAUUUCCUGAAACAGGCCGCUGGUAUUCAAAGGGCCGCCAUGGACCAAGGGAAAGAGAUUGCUGGCAAAGUAACAUUUAAACACGUAUAUGAAAUAGCCAAAAUUAAAAGCGAAGACCCUACUUUACAAUGCCAAUCGUUACAGAAUAUAUGCAAUAUGGUCAUUGGUAUAGCAAAAUCUUGUGGGAUCGAAGUAGUGAGACAAUUAGAUCCUAAAGAAUAUGGUGAGUUCCUUAUAGAAAGAGCUGCAAUAAUAGAACAACAAAAGAAAGAGCUACAAGAGAAGAGAGAGGCAAAAAUGUUAAGAGCAGCAUAAUUAGAAAAUUUGUAAUAUUAGGUAGAAAUAAAAUAUGUUAAGUUUU